UUAGUCACCAGCGAGACCCUGUAGGAAGAGAGGUUUAAAUCAGAGGGAUUUAAUGAGGGUGCUCUGUGCCUUCCCUGAAGCCAUGCCCUCCAGCAACUCCCGCCCCCCCUCGUGCCUAGCCCCGGUGGCUCUCUUCUUGGCUCUGUUGCUCCAUCUCUUCCUUUCCUCCCAAGCUGGAGACAGGAGACCCUUGCCUGUAGACAGAGCUCCAGGUUUGAAGGAAAAGACCCUGAUUCUACUUGAUGUGAGCACCAAGAACCCAAUCAGGACAGUCAAUGAGAACUUCCUCUCUCUGCAGCUGGAUCCGUCCAUCAUUCAUGAUGGCUGGCUCGAUUUCUUAAGCUCCAAGCGUCUGGUGACCCUGGCCCGGGGACUUUCGCCGGCCUUUCUGCGCUUCGGGGGCAAAAGGACUGACUUCCUGCAGUUCCAGAACCUGAGGAACCCGGCGAAAAGCCGCGGGGGCCCCGGCCCUGAUUACUAUCUCAAAAACUAUGAGGAUGACAUUGUUCGGAGUGAUGUUGCCUUGGAUAAACAGAAAGGCUGCAAGAUUGCCCAGCACCCUGAUGUUAUGCUGGAGCUUCAACGGGAGAAGGCAGCUCAGAUGCAUCUGGUUCUUCUAAAGGAGCAAUUCUCCAAUACUUACAGUAAUCUCAUAUUAACAGCCAGGUCUCUAGACAAACUUUAUAACUUUGCUGAUUGCUCUGGACUCCACCUGAUAUUUGCUCUAAACGCAAUGCGUCGUAAUCCCAAUAACUCCUGGAACAGUUCUAGUGCCCUGAGCCUAUUAAAGUACAGCGCCAGCAAAAAGUACAACAUUUCUUGGGAAUUGGGUAAUGAGCCAAAUAACUAUCGGACUAUGCAUGGCCGGGCAGUAAAUGGCAGCCAGUUGGGAAAGGAUUACAUCCAGCUGAAAAGUCUAUUGCAGCCCAUCCGGAUUUACUCAAGAGCCAGCUUGUAUGGCCCUAAUAUUGGGCGGCCCAGAAAGAAUGUCAUCGCCCUCCUAGAUGGGUUCAUGAAGGUGGCAGGAAGCACAGUGGAUGCAGUUACCUGGCAACAUUGCUACAUUGAUGGCCGAGUUGUCAAGGUGAUGGACUUCCUGAAAACUCGCCUGUUAGAUACACUCUCUGACCAGAUUAGGAAAAUUCAGAAAGUGGUUAAUACAUACACCCCAGGAAAGAAGAUUUGGCUUGAAGGUGUGGUAACCACCUCAGCUGGAGGCACAAACAACCUAUCAGAUUCCUAUGCUGCAGGAUUCUUAUGGUUGAACACUUUAGGAAUGCUGGCCAAUCAGGGCAUUGAUGUUGUGAUACGGCACUCAUUUUUUGACCAUGGAUACAAUCACCUCGUGGACCAGAAUUUUAACCCAUUACCAGAUUACUGGCUCUCUCUCCUCUACAAGCGCUUGAUCGGCCCCAAAGUCUUGGCCGUGCACGUGGCUGGGCUGCAGCGGAAGCCACGGCCAGGCCGAGUCAUCCGGGACAAACUAAGGAUUUAUGCUCACUGCACAAACCACCACAACCACAACUAUGUUCGAGGGUCCAUUACACUUUUUAUCAUCAACCUGCACAGAUCAAGAAAGAAAAUAAAACUGGCUGGGACUCUCAGGGACAAGCUUGUGCACCAGUAUCUGCUGCAGCCCUAUGGACAGGAGGGCCUGAAGUCCAAGUCAGUGCAGCUGAACGGGCAGCCCUUAGUGAUGGUGGACGAUGGGACCCUCCCAGAGUUGAAGCCCCGCCCGCUACGGGCUGGCCGGACAUUGGUCAUCCCUCCAGUUACCAUGGGCUUUUAUGUGGUAAAGAAUGUCAAUGCUUUGGCCUGCCGCUACCGAUAAGCCACCCUCACAUUCAUGAAAUGCCAGCAGGCCUACUGGACUGCUUUCCACUUUUCCGCCCCAAUAGUAUCCUUACUUUUCAGACAUCUUCUUAGCCACAAACCAGUCUCUGCUGCCCAUCCUGCUGGAAUCGACAUAGACUUGCUCUCUCAAGGUAGCACGAGCUUAGCCUAGGUAGGUCACAUCCACCCCAGAGGAAAGUGUGGACAUCAUGUGUACCUUUAUCAGGUUGAAGUUGUGUGUGUAGAGCUGUUUGUAUCCUUGUAUGUGUACCAUGAAACCCAGCUGAAGCACACUCCCCUGACAAAUGAAAUAACUGCCCAGAUCCUGGUCACACCGCAGUGUUACUAUAGACCAUAGCCUGUGGCUGCUGCCCUCAGAAGAUGAUCAAGGACCAAAGCCUGGUGGGCCUUGAGAGCCCCAUCCUCUUCCAAAGUCUCAGCACAAAGAGAAAGCACGCCGCACCACCAGCACACUCCUUUUCUUGCCUGCUCCCUGCUGUUGCACUGGGUUUCCUAUGAGCUCUCUUCCCAGAGGGGAGCAAGUGGGUGAGUCAGCCCUGGCUGAUGGGUGAGCUCUUUGUGUCAUUUCCCGGCUGAUGUAUGAGUGUGUGCAUCUGGGUUUCUGACAGUGGCAUCAAUCACUGGAUAUUCCUCUGGGAAGUCAGUGCUUCAAAAGUAAAAUUGCGAUCAUACUCCA